GUUCCUUCAAUUAUGAGUAACAUGCUGAAUCCGGAUGCUAUUUUUUCAAACAAUGAAAUGAGCCUGUCAGACAUUGAAAUUUAUGGUUUUGAUUAUGACUACACAUUGGUCUUUUAUUCUAAACACCUGCACACGCUGAUCUUCAAUGCUGCUCGAGAUCUGCUUAUUAAUGAGCAUCGGUAUCCUGCAGAAAUAAGAAAAUAUGAUUACGAUCCAAAUUUUGCAAUCAGAGGACUACACUAUGAUGUGCACCGGGCAUUAUUAAUGAAGAUUGAUGCUUUUCAUUAUAUUCAGCUGGGAACAGUUUACAGAGGCCUCAGUGUUGUCCCAGAUGAAGAAGUCAUUGCAAUGUAUGAUGGUUCCCAUGUCCCUUUAGAACAAAUGAGUGACUUUUAUGGAAAGAGCUCACAUGGAAAUACAAUGAAGCAAUUCAUGGAUAUAUUUUCCUUGCCGGAAAUGACACUCCUUUCUUGUGUGAAUGAAUAUUUCUUGAAAAACAACAUAGACUAUGAGCCUGUUCAUCUGUACAAAGAUGUCAAGGAUUCAAUCAGGGAUGUCCACAUCAAAGGAAUAAUGUACAGAGCAAUUGAAGCAGAUAUUGAGAAAUACAUCUGCUAUGCUGAGCAAACUCGUGCAGUGUUAGCAAAGCUGGCUGAUCAUGGCAAGAAGAUGUUUCUCAUCACAAACAGUCCCAGCAGCUUUGUAGACAAAGGCAUGAAGUUCAUAGUUGGCAAGGACUGGAGGGAUCUCUUUGAUGUGGUCAUUGUACAGGCUGAUAAGCCAAACUUCUUCAAUGAUAAGCGAAGGCCAUUUCGGAAGGUGAAUGAAAGGGGAGUGUUGCUUUGGGACAAAAUUCACAAACUGCAGAAAGGUCAGAUUUACAAACAGGGUAACUUGUACGAAUUUCUGAAGCUUACUGGCUGGAGAGGCUCUAAGGUUCUCUACUUUGGUGAUCACAUUUACAGUGACUUGGCAGAUUUGACCCUGAAGCAUGGCUGGCGCACUGGUGCAAUUAUUCCAGAGUUAAGAUCAGAGAUUAAAAUCAUGAACACAGAGAAGUACAUUCAAACCAUGACCUGGCUGCAAACCUUGACUGGAUUACUGGAACACAUGCAGGUUCACCGUGAUCCUGAUUCACAAAUGAUUUUAGAAGAAUGGAAGAAGGAAAGAAAGGAAAUGAGGGAGAUAAACAGGAAUUUCUUCAAUGCACAGUUUGGAAGCUUAUUCAGAACUGAUGAGAAUCCAACUUACUUCCUAAGACGUCUCUCUAGAUUUGCGGAUAUCUACAUGGCAUCAUUGAGUUGUCUCUUGAACUAUGAGCCUGAUUACACAUUUUAUCCGAGAAGGACUCCUUUGCAGCAUGAACUUCCUGGCUGGUCAGACCAGCUGUGCACUGGUACAUUCAGAAUACCUUUCCUACAAGAGACGGUUCAGAUCAAAUAAACACUUGGCAGCUUCUCUCUAAAAUGGGCAAAUUUUUUUUAAGUACAUGUAUUUUAUUUAAGUCACUUAAAUCUGUUAUCUUGAUUUAGAUGUAAUUCAUAUGUAUUCUCAUAAGUGUUGUACCUGUUCUCUCCUCUCCUGCUGGGAGAUGUGAAAAUUCUUACACACAGAAGAGAUGAUGGACUGUCAAAAUAGUAGUUGGGAGGGGGGGGACAUUUGAGGGGAAGGAUUGGUAGUGUUCUGGGGUGAUUGUUUUUGUUCAUUCGAAAUUUCAGUCUGCAGCCUUGUGGUUUACUCUCUGUUCUGGCCCUGUUCAGCACUCCAGCUGGAGCCUGUAAUGGAUCUUGACACUGAAAAGCUUAAAUCCAGUAUUAGUAAUUCAGUGAUAUGCAGUUAGCCAGUUUAUGGUGAGACUAAGAGUGAUGGUGUGCACAUUUUACCUUUCCUUGCUGCUAUAUCUAGAGCCUUGCCUUUAACUGAACUAGCUGCUCUAGUGUUGGCGUGGCUCUGCUGUGUUGCAGUCCUUACAGUACUGGCAGGCUCAGGCUGGUGGGCUUUCUAAGGUCUGUGCAGUUGCUGUUCUUGCAAUGUUUGUGCUUUGUCUGUAGGUGGGCCUAAGUGUAAAACUGAGUGACAGUAACUUGGGCUGCUUCAUCUUCCUUUUGUUAACUUUUAGGCAUCUUUCUUUUUAAGACUCAAAACACUUUAAACAGACGCUCUCCAAUAAUCAAGCCAUUUCAAGAGGUCUUGCAUUUUGCAUUUCAAAGUGGAGACAGAUCUCGGACAAUCUUUAGAUUGAUCCUAAAUGCUGCUUUUUAAAAUUUUAAGUGUCUUACAGUGGUAUACAAUGUGGCUUUUCUGUUCCCUAGGAGAGAAUGUAUUUCAUAUAGCCUUCAGUAAUGGACUUUUAUGGUCAAACACGCACAAUGGGCAAAUGAGUUAAAACUUAAGAAAUGAGAAAACGGAAACCAGAGUUUUCUGAUGACUUUUUUUUUUUUAGCUCAAGCCCUGAAAGCUGAAUUGGGGGUGGUGGACAGUUUUGCAUCAAGCAAAAUAAUUUCGACAGUGCAGAUUAGGAGUUUUAUUGAAUUACUGACAUUGCAGGUAAUGAAUGCAUGAACACAAAAUCUGGGUAGCAUGUAUGUUCCAAAGAUUUGAGCUGAAAAAUGUCUUAUUUUGCACAAGGAAAACAUCUGUUGAUGUGUUUCCUCAAACAGGCACUUUAUAGAACUGUUAUAUAGUUGGUUUUAAAUAAGGAUGCUUUCCUUUCUCUGCAUCCAAUGGAAACGUGGUGUUUUUUUUUAACUGGUGCUUUCCACCCCAGCCAUUUUAGAAGGCAUAAUAUGAUUAAUGUUUUUCAAAUUUUAGUUGAAGGCUCUGUUUUUAAAAGCGUAUAAUUCAUAAAAUGUAUAGCAUUUGGUAUUCUUAAUUUUGGGAUAUCACUUGCUUACUACCAUAACUGUCAGAUAAACAAACUUUUGGUGACCAAAAGUUUUCUUGUUUUUAUUUUUAAACCUGUUCUGUAUUAUGUGCAAGUACCUAUACUGAAUUUCAUAUGCAGUGUCUUUCAUAUUUUUAAAAGCAUGUUUGCAAAGUAAAGAAUGUAUUCUAAUCUAGCCUGCACAAUUUCCUAAGUAGCUUUCCUGUAUGCUUGAAAUCAGUCUGAAGUCCUCAGAGGUCGUUAUAGAUUUUAUGUUCAUGGUUUUCUUGUACUCCUGUUUCAAACUUGAUGGCAACACCGCUGAAGAGCAUGUGUGUGUAUUUAAACAGAUGAAUAUACUUGAAAUUUCAUCUGACAGUCCUGCUGUUUUGCUGGAAGAAAAAGUUUUGCUGGAAGUUAGUUUGGCCUUACUAGGAGACUUGUUGGUGGGGCUGUGGGAGAAAUAUUUAGCAUAACUUGAUAAUGAAAUGUGGGGAUAGAAAUAUCCCCGAUUUGCCUUUGAGUCUUU